GCCUGCAACGGGGAGGCGAAGAAAAGCCAGGUCCUCCGGGUGGAUCUGGCGCAGUCCUGGGACCGGUCCGUGGAGUCUUUCGGUUCCAAGGCCAAGAAGGCGGUGACGAUCCGACUGGCGUACUUGGAGAACCGGAAGUCUCUGCACGCCUUUGCCCCGGAGAAGGUCAAGAAGGAGGUGACCACCGAGCUGCAGCAGAGGCUGGAAAAGCUGGCUGGGCCUGACCUGGCCAAGUUCAAGGCCCGAAUUGCGACGACCAGCCAGCCUCGUCGUCCUGAUGUCCAGAGCUUGGGGGGCUGGAAAGCGGGUGACUGGGCCUGGCAGCUGAAGGAGUUAUUGGGCGCCCAGCUAGACUUCUCCCAGCGGCCCCUCCGUCUCGCCACUGGCUGCUCGGGUGCUGAAGCACCCCACUUUGCUCUGCGGAUGCUUGUGGGCCGAGAAGGUUUCGAGCAAUUGUUCGGUUCCGACAUCAACGAGACUCCACGCCGUUUCAUGCUGAAGAACUGUAAGGGGCAACAGCAUCUAUUUGAAGAUGUCAAGCACGUCAUGGAGGGUCACGGCUCCUGCGCCCGUCACGGCGGCCGCUGCCGUGUCCCAGAGGAGGAGGUGGACAUCUUCAUCGGCGGGUUUCCUUGCACUCCGUAUUCCUUUUGCAACCCGAAGAGGUUCAAGCGGAACUGCUUCACUGAGCCUGCAGCCGCCCCGUUCUUCGAGAUGCGGAAGUUCAUCGCUGCGAGGCGACCGCGCCUGGUGAUCCUGGAGAACGUCCGGGGCCUGCUGGCGCCGAAUCCCGAGACUAAAGACACUCCCAUGGACUUCAUCCUCCGUGGCAAGAACCCGGAGGACUCGGAGCACGGCUAUCAGGGCACCGAGCCUGGUGCACAGUGGGGUCUCAGUCUCAUCGAGGGCUACGGGCUCCACUGGGACCUCCUUUACUCCUGCGACUGGGGCCUGCCACAGAGGCGUCCGCGAGUCUACAUCGUGAUGGUAAGGGAGGAUGCCGGAGGGCAAGAAGCCGCAGACCGCAUCUUCAAGGUGCUCCAUGCAUGUGCAGGUCAUCUGCCUUGUGGCUCCUGCAACGACUUCUUGUAUCCCGAGGACCACCCACGGCUACACAAAGCGAGGCAGCUGGCGCAAGGCGCCAGCAGCGGCGAGCGUAAGCCUUGCACGCCCUUCACAGAGGCUCUCUUCAAGGCCACGCGCCAGGAGCAUGGUCUUGAUGCUUCAGAGCGUCCCUACACGAAGCAGCGGCCGAAAGGCUGGUAUCCCGAGGCGACGGAGAAGAUGGUCCAGCAGCUUGACAUCAUCCACGCCCUUGCGGAAAAGAGGGGCCUAGACUUCAAGUUCCUGUUGGCGGAUCUUAGUCAGCAGGUUUCGCGGGGCUGCUGGAGGGAUGAUGGGUACGUCCCAACACUGACGACGGCCGGUUCUCUCUACAGCUUCCAUCACCACCGCCCCAUUGUGGGCGAGGAGUGCUUGAAACUGAACGGCUUCCCGGUGGAGGAGCUGGAUCUCGAAGGAUUUACCGACAACGAGCUCAAGUUCUUGGCGGGCAACGCCAUGUCGGUGUCCGUGGUGGGCGCGGUGCUCCUCGCCGGCCUCAUCUCGGUUUCAUGGGGAGAGAACAGGUCUGCCGCCGCCACGAAGGAGCUCCCAGCUGCGAUGGGCCGCGAGCCGAGGUAUCGCAAGAAGGAGACCGAGGAUGGGCAGGUCGUCUUGGCCAGCGUGGCACUCGAUGACGAUGGUUCGGAGACGGAGCCCGAUCCCUCGGAGAGCAAAAUUUCUGCGAGGGCAGCGAUGCUCUUCCUCAUGGCCAAGGAGGUGCAAGCGGCGAAGAGCGAGAAGGGCGGUUCUUCGGGCACGAAGCGCAAGCGCUCGACGGUGCAGGAGGAG